CAAUUGUCAAAGUCAGGUUAUUCUCCCGUUCGGGCCGUCGACUGGUGAUGAGUUGGCCCUAUAAAAAAUGAAUAUUUAUUUAAUAAUAAUUCUAGUUUUUUCGGUUCCGAGCCUCCUCGCGAUCGACGAGGAAUUGGACAAGAUAUCAUUGAGAUGCGCAGAUUCAGAAUGUUCCAAUCCAAUAUCGAAUGGAAGUAUAGUUACGGAUUACCCUGCCACAGACUCGAAAUAUAAAAUUAAAUUAAAAAAGGGUGAUAAUUGUGAGGUGUUUGGAAUGAGUAAUGAUGGAAACAUAUUGCUCGCCCGGGUGAAUAAACAAGAGGGAAUCAUAAGUAACAUUUUCUACAGAGAGGAGAAGGUACUAGUACCAAAAAAAACACUGGUGGGAGGUAAGUGGAAUAAAAAUAGGUUUUCAAAAAGCAGUACGUUGGGCUCGGCUAAAAAAGAACAGAAUGUACCCUCAAAACCAGCCAUUAAGGAAAUGGUAGAAAAUAACCAAACUAUGGAAGACAACAUUUUACCGACAGAUGAAAAGAAAUCUUUCGAAACAUACAAUAACUUCACGUACAAUGAUAGUCUUGUAAAUACCAAUGCAUUACCGUCAGAACAGAAUUUUACAAACCAAGUGCAAGAUGGAAAUUACAGUGUGAACAUAAAUGAAAGUAAAAUAGAACCAAGUCCGACAUUAGAUCCUAAGGUUGGUGAUAUGCAUGUCAAUGAUAGUUUUAACAAUAGCACAAAUGAUUAUAAUACUUAUAAAACAGAAAAUUUAGAGAAAGAACCAUUAGAAUACUCAAAUGGAGAUCAUAAUGCAAAUAGAAAUCAACCUAUAGAAGUUACAGAAUCAACAUUAACUGCAAAGCCUAGUGAUGUGCAUAUUAAUAAUACAGUGAACCCGGACAAUAUUACAAAUCAUGUCGAUGAUAAUAGUGAAAAUGCAGAGGGAAUAUUUUCAAAAAUGAUACCUGGAAACGAAUCUAGUACAAAAGAAGCUGUACCUAAUCUAAUGGCUGAACCUGUCAGUGUAACGGAUCAACAUCAUAGGUUGGUAGAAAACCAACAAAAAAGCACCACCAAUGCCACUCCUGUUAAUCAAACAGAUUAUUUUAACACAACUGCAACAACUUUGCCAGAGUCUAGUGAAGUUAAAUCAGGAUUGGAACCAACAUUACAAAGUAAAAUCACUGAUGGUCAACCUCAGGAAUCAUCCAAUAAAAAACCCACUGAUGAUAAAUAUUUCAACACUUCUUCCCCAGGACUUGAUAAAGUUGAAACAAACGCUGAACCAAUGUCACAAAAUAAAAGUGUUGAUAUCCAAUUCCCAGAGAGUACGAAUGAAACUGAUGAAACAAAAGUGCCCAAAACACCAGUUACUACUCCCCCAGAAUAUGUUCAAAUGCAGACUCGUCAGAGUUCAGAUGCAACAUUAACCGACAAUACAAAUUUGAAAACACCUUUAGAAUUUGGUGGAUUUAAAACAGGAUUGGAACAGUCGUACCAAAAUAAAAACUCUGUUGCAAAACCUCUGGAAACAUUAAAUGAAAUGCAUACUGGCGAUAAAGAUUUGAAUACAGCUUCAGAUUUAUCCACUAUCCCAAGACCUGAAGUUCAAACAGAAUUGGAACCAACAUUGCAAAAUAAAAUCACUGAUAUCCAAUCUCCAGAGACUAAUAGUAGGGAACAUGCUAAUGAAACAAAUUUAUCUGAAACACCUUUAAACACUCUCCCAGAGGCUGAUAAAAGCCAACCUAAGGAAGUUGCAAAUAAAAUAGCUGUUGAUGAUUUGAGUUCACCUACUCACUUGGAGUCUGAUGAAGUUAAAGAAGCAUUUGAACCAACAUCGCCUGAUAUAAUCUCUGACACUCUACCUCUGAAAGUUUCAAAUGAUACUCAUGCUCAUAAAACAGAUUUAAACACCCCAGCAACUCCUUCUCAAGAAAAUGAUAAAGUGAAAACAGAAAUGAAACCAACUUCUGAAACUAUACAUACUGAUGUCCAACCUCAAGCAAUCGAUUUAAACAAAUCAGUGCCUUCAACUGCUUCCUCUGGUGAAUCAAAAACCGUUAUGGAAACAUCUUCUGAAACUACAAGCUCUGAUGUCCAACAUCAGCCAAUUACAUACAAUACAUACACUGAUGAAACUGAUUUAAAUAAAUCAGUGCUUUCAACUGCUUCUGUUGAUAAAGCAAGUACAGGAAUUGACCAUACAUCUGAAACAACAGGCUCUGAUGUCCAACAUGAAACAACUACAUUUAAUAAAUAUAUUUACGAAACUGAUGUAAAUAAAGCACCUUCAACUACUUCCUCUGAAGAAGCAAAAACAGCAAAGGAAACUCAAACUACAAAUUCCGAAACCCAACCUACAGAAGUUAAAGAAAUCAGCCUUCUACCUACAGAAGAGGCUGCCAAAGAACUUGAUUAUAAAGCUGAUGAAUAUGACGACAUCACCAGUGAAUUCCAGAAAAGGUCGGAAGCUUAUGAAGAAAUCGGUGUGACCAUUGGAAAUGGGGGUGAUUGUAUGUUUUCCGCAUUGUACUCUGCCCUGGCCAGCUUCCAAGAUUUGUUUAGCAAAUCUCCCAGUCAUCAUGGAGACUUCAACAAAGAAACUGAUACAAAUGAACUUGAUAUCCCUUCAAAUCUAUCUGAAGAAGUUGAUAUUCCUUACACACAGGAACAUGUUAGCAAAGAGAAUUUCUCUGAUGGUGACAGCUCAUGGAUGUCAUGGAAAACCGUGCUCCUCCUUGUUUUCACAUCAGGAGUCAUUUUGGUCUUUUCACUCGGCAGCUAUUACAUAGAGAAUUCUAAAAGGGACGUUGAGUUAAUGAUGAAAAACAACAGCUUAGCAGAUGAGCUUUUCAUUUUGCAAAAGGAAAGGAUUACUCUCGAGGAAAGACUUCAGCAAUCAGAAGAAGCUGUUAAUAAAUUUUCUAAAGAAUCUUCAAUGUCCACUUAUGAAGUUGAAGCACUGAAAGCAGAGCUGUCACAGCUUAAGAUGGAAAAAUCGCAGGCUGAGGAGAGAGAGCAAGGGCUUAUCAAGAAGUGCAACAUGCUGGAAACAAAUUAUAGCAAACUGCGGCAGUUGUUCUCUGAGAACAAGCAGAAAGGCGAACGAUCGGCAUUGAUUGCUGAUAUCAAGAAACUUAAAGAAAGCAGCAACAAUGAAAUACUCUCGCUGAAAGAUCAGCUUGAACUUAAAUCUGAAGAGAUCAAAACUCUAAUGGUAAAGCUGCAGAAGAGCAAUGAUACAAAGGAUAAACUUGAGGAAAAGUUGAAUCUUAUGAUGAGUGAAGAACAAGUGGCAGUUAAACAUUAUCAAGAUUCAGUGGCUAAAUUAGAACAAACAAUUGAGGACAGCAAGGCGACCGUGAUAAAACUCGAAGAUGAAAUGGGUAAGCUGAAGAAAGAGUGCGAAUCACUCACAAUCGAAAAGGAGUUGGCAGAGUCUGCUUUGCAAAAAGCGCACGGACUCAAGUCAUCUGAGUCCCUCUCAAGGUGGCUUGAGUCUAAGGAAGUACGUCUAUCUUUGGUCGUGGCCGAAAAGAAACUUCUUGAGUUAACAGAAGAAAAAGCAGCACUUCGAAAAGAGAAAGAGGAAUUAUUAGAAAAACAAAAGCUGUUAGAAAAUCAAAUAGAAGAUUUGAAUAACAAAUAUGAGGAAGCUGAAAAGGCAAAGAUUGAAGGGCUGACAAGGCUCAAAGUUUUGUCAGACUAUUUUAAUGAAAAAGAAACUCAACUUCAAGAGCAACUUGGUACUAAAGAAGCUCUUUGGCUGCAAAAACAAAGUGAUGAUCAUACAAUUUAUGAGCAGAUGCGAAGCUUGAGAGAAGAGAACCAGACAUACAAAAGUCAAAACGAAACACUUAGAAAAGAGAUAAUAGAUCAAGAGACAUCGUUUAAAAAACUUAUCGCCAAUGCAGAGGAAAAAGCUGAUGGCUAUUGGGUCUCUCUGCGACAGGCAGAAAGAAGACUGAAAGAGUCUCAAGUUGAAGCAGCCCAGUUGAGAAAUAGACUGACUAACUUAGAAAUUUCUGGAGAUCACCUUCCAGAAGAUAAAUUGAAAGGUAUGGAAGUUAAUGGAGAUAUGCCGCCAUUCGGGCCGGCGACUUCGCCGCCAUUCAUGCUCUAUCCAGGAGAAUUUAUUCCUCCACCUCCUCUGAUAUCUGCGCCAUCUCGUCCCCCGCCCCUUGGUAGAAUCUCAUCACCGACGUUGGGUGACUUCACACCACCAUUACCCCUCCCACCGUUCGACAGGUACCCACCUUCACCGCCACCUCCACCUCCACAAUAUUUGCACAAGCCCCAACCAAGAGAUGGGGCUUCAAGAAAACAGAAAGAUUCACAAUCUUCAAACCAUUCAUCGGAGUCGACAAAUGAAAAAUCUCAACGGCGAUCCAAGAGAUAGUAACUUAAAAGUGCUGACCCAUACUACAGUUAAAAUUUCAACAAUAAUAGAGCAAACAUUUCAUAAAAUAAGCUUUGUAUAUAAAACUGUAAAUAAGUAUGUAAAUUAUUUUCCUAGUCUUGCCUUAAUUAUUUACAUGUUGUAUAAAUACAAAUGUUAUUUGAAUUAGGAUUUUUGUAAGUAAAAUUAAAUGAGUAUAUUGAGAGUUUUAUGACUGUGGAAUAUUGUUAUAUAUUAUGUGUGAGAUAAAGAUAAUUAUAUUUUAUUACAUACAUCAUAAAUUUUACAAUGUGUGAUAUCAUAUACAAUGCCUGAUGUUAAUACAUUUAAUAAUCAGUGUUUCCUCUAUUGUUUUUGGUGGAUAUUUAAUACCCGGAUAUUUCAUUCAAAUGUGCUAAGUAUAAAUCUUUGAGUUACCCAAGGUAAAAUACAACUUAUUUUUAAAAAGGUU